CAUAUUCCCUUCUCAUUUGAAUUUUCACUUGCGUAUUACAUUCACAUGGCUAUUGAUGAAUCAUGUUCACAGGCAAGUCUUGCCCAAGGGGUUUCCGUAUCAACAUCUGAGGCACCACCAGCUCACUACAUCCUCUACGUUAAACAGUUUUCUUUACUCACAAAACAAAAUGUCGAAAGAUACGAAUCAGGCGAAUUUGAAGCUGGAGGCUACAAAUGGAAGUUGGUGAUUCACCCAAAUGGCAACAAGAAUAAGAAUGCUGCAGAUUUCUUGUCUGUAUACUUGGCAAUGGCAAGCCCAACUUCACUCCCACCUGGUUGGGAGGUUUAUGCCACAUUCAGAGUAUUUCUACUUGACCAGAACAAUGAUAAUUACUUGAAACUUGAAGGUAAUAACGGAAGACGUUUUCAUCGGUUGAGAACUGAGUGGGGCUUUGACAAAUUCAUUAGCCUUAAAGAAUUUAAUGAUCCUAGCAACGGAUAUCUUGUUGGAGAUAACUGUGUGUUUGGAGCAGAGGUGUUUGUCUGUAAAGAGACAAGUAAAGGCAAAACAGAAAGUUUGUCAAUGGUAAAAGAUGCAGUUCCUUACAAACACAUGUGGAAAAUCAGCAACUACACAAAAGUAAACGCAGACUGUGAAAAUUCCGACAUAUUUAAUAUCGGUGAUCACAAAUGGAAGAUACAGCUAUAUCCUAAUGGAAAAGGGGUUAGUGGUCACAUAUCUUUAAAACUGGCAUUGGCUGAUCCUGAAAAUCUUCCCUAUGGAACCAAGAUACUUGCCGAAUUUACACUUCGAAUAUUGGAUCAGUUGAAUAACAAGCCUUACUACGGGAAAGCUAGUUACUGGUUCAGUGCUUCAAAAGCAGAAUGGGGAUGGCAUAGAUUCGUUACACAUGGCAUAUUCUUUCAGACCAACAGGGGGCUGUUGUACAAAGAUGUUUGUUGUAUAGAGGCAGAGGUAGCCAUUCAUGGAGAGACAACCAUCUUUGGAUAAGUGUGUUUAUCUAAAUCAUUUCAUUUGUAAUCGUCCAUUGUGAAAAUAACUGAGUAUAUAACCAGAGUUCAAAUGUUUAUUCAAAUCUAUGAAACUCCAAUUAAGUUA